AUGGACGAACCCCCGAGCCAUAAACCUUCGGGCGGCGAACCCCCUUCGCUCAUACCGGGUCUCGACGGCCAUGAUGAACCACAACAGCAAGCCCAGCGUGCACCGCUUGCCUCUCGUCCCAAUGCUGCUGCACGACACUCGAAACGUUUGACGCUCAAUUUCCCCAUUAGCUCGAAUUCCCUCCCGUCCGAGCAGGGCUCGCCGCGCGUCAUGUCCCCGUUGGCUCAAUCCUCGACGUUUCCGUCUCCCAGUCGAUCCUCGGCUACGACUCCGGCAUUGAACGAGCCGGCUGAUGAGGGCUACAUGUUUCUGACUGCUCUUGCAGCCCAGGAGAGAAAAGUGCUUGAGCUUAGGGAAGAACUUCACAAAGCCGAGGCGGAGCUUGCAAAUCUCAAGAGACAGUGGGCGAUGGGGGAGAAAGGAAGGAGGAAAACGGAGAUUGUGCAUCAUGCAGAAGUCAUGAAGCCUCUCAAGCCGCCGCCGGCGGAAUCGAUCGUGAAUGGAAUAGAUGUUGAACGAUCCACGCCUUCUGACCUUACCAAGCUCGCGUUACAGACAAGAAUGAGUCGGGAGCUUGAGAGGAAAGGUAGCCAUAGGAAAUCGGGUUCAAAUCUUCCCUCCGGAGGUGGUUCCUUUCCGUCUGGACGGCCAAGGACCGUCUUUCAAAGCUCGCGUCAUGCCCGAACACUCUCGCUACUCUCGCCAAAUGGCCUUGAGCCCUUCUCUCCAACGCAAAGCGCGGAUGCAUCGAAGAGCCUUGAAAUAAUCCGAGGCUCCAGCCACCCUAGAUCCGCUACCCUUCCUUCAAUCGACCGUACCGAAGGCAAUUCGAGCGAAAACGUCGUUUCGACAGCCAGAGUCAACAUGGAUCAACGAACUCUGUGGCGGCGUUCGUUACCUAUCGCUCAGGAUGGGACCGCGGAGACGCUGAUGCGCACUGGGAAACAGAUGGCUUCAGAUCUGAAAGAUGGCCUAUGGACAUUCUUGGAGGAUAUUCGUCAGGCGACGGUUGGCGACGAAGGAAUCAACGCGACAGAGUCCAGGUCGAUUCAAGGAGCCCAUCGUCCCUCGCGUCCUCCUAAGCGGGCCGGCAUGCACCCUUCUACGAGUCGAGAGCAGUCCAUAGCAUCGUCGACUGCAACCAGAUCCGUUACUUCGAACAAACCUACAAGCAAAACGUCGACCUCAACCCGGGAUGACAUAUCAUUUUGGAGUGAAUUCGGCAUCGAGUCUCCCGAGAAACCCAAAACGACCUCCAUCAAAUCCAAGUCCAAGGGCAGGAAACAAAAGGCUGAAGAGUCGAGUCUUUUAGACGUGGAUGACAACUGGGAUGUAUGGGAUACCCCUCAGCCCAAAACUCAUACUCCAUCAUCAAGCAGUUCCACAUUUCCUUCUUCCCGGCGAGACCCGUCGCCUUCGACGAGGGCGAGUAGUCCUCGGACAAGUGCAAGUUUCGCAGACCUUAAGGCCGUCGAAGAUGCGAACCGCGCCGAUGGCAACCAGUCCGAAAAUAUUCCUUGGCCGGCAUUGACGAAACUCCAUCCCUCUAACCUGACGCGGACGGCAUCAAGUCUAAUGGCGGAAUGGGAGCGAAGCUUGUCACCUUCGCCGUCUCCCUCCCACGAUAACGAAUGCAAGGACCUGAAAAGCGACUGA